AUGGAAGAAUCCAAGACAGAUCAUUUGCACGAAGAUCCAGCAGACCCCUUAGCCAAGAGCAUUGCAAACGGGCAGACUGCGACCGAAGAUGCAGUCUUUGGGGACAUCACGGCCGAGGGCCCCAAUUACAGAAGCGUCGGAUGGAUCGGUACCGUCAUCAUCAUGAUGAAGCUCUGUAUCGGCCUCGGAGUUCUUUCUAUCCCAGCCACAUUUGAUGCUUUUGGAAUCAUUCCCGGCAUGUUCCUUCUGAUUGCCAUCGGCGGCAUCGCGACAUGGUCAUGCUACGUCGUUGGUAAUUUCAAGUUGCGGCAUCCCGAAGUCUACGGGAUCGAUGAUGCAGGGUUUUUGAUGUUUGGCAAGAUUGGUCGCGAGUUCUUCGCUGUUGGCUUUUGCCUCUGCUAUAUCCUCGUUGCCGGCUCCGGCAUGCUUGGAAUUUCGAUCGGCCUCAACUCAGUUUCGACCCAUGGAACAUGCACUGCAGUCUUUGUCGCCAUCGCAGCAAUCGUCGCUUUCAUGGGUGCAAGUAUCCGAACACUCGGCCGUCUACAGUGGCUUGCUUGGAUUGGACUUGCGGGAAUUCUCAUCUCCAUUUUUACCGUUACGAUUGCCGUCGGUGUCCAAGAUCGGCCGGCCGCAGCACCGCAAGACGGCCCCUGGAAAUCGGACUUCGCCAUCGCUAAACGCCCGACUUUCAUAAAGGCUGUAUCAGCCCUCUCGACAUACAUCUUCGCAUAUGCAGCAGCACCUCUCUUCUUUCCUGUCAUCUCAGAGAUGAAGGACCCCCGCGACUACACGAAGGCUCUCCUCGUCUGCCAGAGCGGGGUAACCAUCACCUAUGUUGUCAUCGGAUGCCUUGUCUAUUACUUCUGCGGCUCUUACGUGGCAUCUCCUGCUCUUGGAUCUGCCGGUGGCCUUCUCAAGAAGAUUUGCUACGGUAUUGCCCUACCUGGGCUCAUCGCCAGCACCAUCCUACUUCUCCAUUUACCCGCCAAGUAUAUCUUCGUCCGUCUACUUCGAGGCACCAAGCACCUUACAUCGAAUUCGAAAACCCACUGGAUCGUGUGGCUCAGCUGCACAUCUGGUUCGGCUGUGAUUGCAUACAUCGUUGCUAGCGCGGUUCCGAUCUUCGGAAACCUCGUGUCGCUUAUCGGAGCUGUGUUCAUCACAACUCUGGCUUUCCAGGCCAUGGCCUGCAUGUGGUUUUACGAUAACUGGAACAGUGAAGAGCGAGGAACUCUCAAGUGGACGCUGAUGGCAUCGUGGGCUGCUUUCGUCAUUGUUCUAGGCGUCUUUCUUACCAUAGCAGGAACGUACGGAUCAAUUGUCGAGAUUAUCGACAGUUACAAGGUCUCUGGAGGAUCAGCGGCUUGGAGUUGUGCUGAUAACUCGAACUCGACCUGA